CACACAUACACACACUGGGUCUGCCUCGGCGACGUAGUGCGUGCAGCCCUCGAAAGGGGGACUAGGUGAUGAGCUGGGCAGCCGACGAGACAGAAAUCGCCCGUAGGAAGCCCGGCGCACACCCGAUCCAAUGACCGGGUGCUGAGAAAGAGGAAAAAACCCCGACCGGGACCGCGAUCUUAACUUGGGCCGAGCGGGCUGAGGUGCAGAAGCAGGACUUUUCGUGCCUGUUGGUGCUCGCGCUGGCCAUCAGAUGACCAAGUUCUGAAAAGUUGAUCUGCGCUGUCCCUGCAGUUUUCCAGCCCGAGACCACCACAAAAAGAACAUCAUGGCUGUCUCGUUGUCCUCCUCCAAUCUCCUGCUCCUUCUCCUUAUUUCAUCCCUGGAUUGGCUGUCCACUCCAGGUUCUGCUUUUCUCAUGGACCGGGACCACAUGACAUCAUCAGCCCCCCUUGAGCCACAUUUCACAGAGUGCAUAUCGAGGGACCAGGAGACAUUCCGCUGUUGGUGGAGUCCAGGCACCUUCCACAACCUGUCCUCGCCCGGAGCCCUCAGAGUCUUCUACCUUAAGAAAGACUCUAAAACCAGUGAAUGGAAAGAGUGUCCAGAAUAUAUCCUUUCAAAUAGGGAGUGCUUCUUUGACAUAAACCACACAUCCGUUUGGAUCCCCUACUGCAUGCAGCUCCGCAGCCAAAACAACAUCACCUUUUACAAUGAGGACGACUGUUUCACUGUGGAAAAUAUUGUACGUCCUGACCCGCCAGUGUCUCUAAACUGGACCCUCCUGAACAUAAGUCCUUCUGGGUUAAGUUAUGAUGUCAUGGUCAACUGGGUGCCACCGCCCUCUGCAGACGUCGGGGCGGGCUGGAUGCGCAUUGAGUACGAGAUCCAGUACAGAGAGAGAAAUACCACAAACUGGGAAUCAUUGGAGAUGCAGCCGCACACCCAGCAGACAAUCUACGGUCUGCACAUAGGAAAAGACUAUGAAGUGCACAUCCGCUGCAGGAUGCAGGCCUUCACUAAGUUUGGAGAGUUCAGUGACUCCAUCUUCAUUCAAGUGACUGAGAUUCCCAGCAGAGAGACUACUUUCCCAUUCACGCUUAUUCUUGUUUUCGGGAUUGUGGGCAUCCUCAUCUUCAUCAUGCUGAUUGUCGUCUCUCAGCAGCACAGAUUCAUGAUGAUUCUGUUGCCACCAGUUCCUGCACCCAAAAUUAAGGGCAUCGAUCCAGAGCUGUUAAAGAAGGGGAAGCUGGACGAGCUGAGUUUUAUCCUGAGUGGUGGGGGUAUGGGUGGCCUACCCACUUAUGCACCAGAUUUCUACCAAGACGAGCCAUGGGUGGAGUUCAUCGAGGUGGAUGCUGAGGGUGCAGACACCGGGGAGAAGGAGGACAACCAAGGCUCAGACACCCAGAGGCUCCUCGGUCUGCCCCAACCCGUCAGCCACCACAUGAACACAGGUUGCUCCAAUGCCAUUAGCUUCCCUGAUGAUGACUCAGGCAGGGCCAGCUGUUACAACCCAGAUCUGCCUGACCAAAACACAUUAACGCUGAUGGCCACCCUGCUGCCAGGCCAACCGGAGGACGGAGAAGACUCCCUCGAUGUUGUAGAAAGAGCCCCAACCCAAGAGAGAGGCGAGAGGCCCCUCGUCCAAACCCAAACCGCAGGACCCCAGACUUGGAUCAACACAGACUUCUAUGCCCAGGUCAGCAAUGUUAUGCCCUCCGGAGGUGUUGUGCUGUCUCCUGGCCAGCAUCUCAGAAUCCAGGAGAGCACCUCAGCCACAGAGGAGGAAACACAGAAGAAGGGAAGAGAGAGCGAAGACAGCGAGGAGACUGAGGAAAAGAAACAGAAAGAGCUGCAGUUUCAGCUGCUGGUGGUGGAUCCUGAGGGAAGUGGCUAUACCACAGAGAGCAACGCCCGGCAGAUCAGCACUCCCCCCAGCUCCUCCAUGCCUGGCGAGGGGUACCAAACCAUACACCCUCAGCAAGUGGAGACCAAACCCGCAGCCACAGUGGAGGAUAAUCAAUCACCUUACAUUCUUCCUGACUCUCCCCAGUCCCAGUUCUUUGCUCCUGUUGCAGACUACACAAUUGUACAGGAGGUUGACAGUCAGCAUAGUCUGCUCCUCAACCCCCCUCCCCACCAGUCUCCUCCGCCCUGCUUGCCACAGCACCCCCUCAAGGCCCUGCCUGCUAUGCCUGUAGGGUACAUCACCCCAGACCUGCUGGGGAAGCUCUCGCCGUGAAAAGACAAUGCCAUUCGACCUUUAGGUGUAAGGUUGAUUGACCAGGAAGUCCCCUGCAGUCACAAAAGCCUGCUUCUACCUGAUUCCUGCUGGAAACCAAAAUAACUUGUAACACACAGUGUGAGUGAGAGUGUACAGGUGUUUGUUUUCAGAGGGUGCUGAAAGUGACACAAGAAAAGCCACAAGUCGCUUUCUUGACUCUUUCACAUCUGCUACAUCAGUUAAUUUGAUGCAGAGGCUACCAAAGUAAACCUUAGAAAUAUAAAUUCAAAGUUUGCUCUAUCCAUUGAGAUCCAUGCACACGACACACACAAACAAGAGGCUGAAACUGUGAUUGUUAUGAGUCCAAAAAGCAUUAGCAGACCGCUAACCUUCCUUGGAUCUCAUUAAAUAUCUGGCUAAUUGUGUUUAGAGCACUGACAUUGCUGAAGUCUUAAUCUUACAAAGAGAUGACAGUUUAAGAUUGACUUAGAGAAGACAAGCACAUUCUAGUCAGGUUUUUCACACCACAUCGUGAAAGGAGUCAUUGCUGUUGUCGAUACCUCUUGCUGGCAGAGGUGUUUUGCAGCUCAAUUGUGGCUUACUUUAUAUUCAUAUAUUUCUUAUUUCAUCGUGUCAUCUUAUUAGUACUUAGCUAUAGAUAUAUUUUUAUACAAAAAAAAGCAUUCGCUAAAGGAAAAAUCCACCCUAAAAUACAGUUGAAAACACAACUAUGCAGUUAUCAUUAGUUAUAUCAUUAGUUACCUCGCAUUCUUGGAUUCAUUUUGUUUAAUGGUUUGCUUUUCAUAUUUUCAUGACUAAGUGGCCAAACUGAUUAUAUGAUGUCAGAAACAUCCACAGUACUAAUGUACAUGCGUGGAGAUAAAUAACCAGGACAACAAACACCAUCAACAACUAACAUAUACUAUUACUAUUGCAUUGCUUUCCUUUCUUGGGAGAUUUUGAAAGGCAUUCUGGAAAGUAAAGGAAGUCAGCUACUGAGAUAGAAGUAGAGGUGAUGAUUAAAAGGGAAAUUACAACAUUUCACCAUAAACUUAUUCCUGAAUGCAUUGAAUAUUACAGAGUGAUUAUACACGUCCCAACAUGGACUUUUCUUUUAAGCUGAGUUUAUUUAUUUUCAUUUUAUUUUGACGUGCAUGCUGUACUGUGGAAAAAAUAUCACUUACAGCGCUGAAAAGCAGUUCUUGUAGUAAAAGGAAGAAUUUAUUCAGAUUCAGUCACAGUUUGGAGCCACUCAGUACAAACAGUGCUGUAGUACACCACCAAGUGCCUUGCUCAAGGACACAUAAAUAGUUAUUUAUCAGAAGGGAACACCCAGCAGUGCAGAGAAAACAGGCACUGAUAUACAUCCUGUAACGGCAGUCAAGUCUAACCUUUCAACCAGCACUGACUCAUAAUCUAUCACUUAAAGUGAAACAUUAACUAGCAAGCUUUCUACUUGGGAGUUUAAAAUCUUCUUAUGUUGUAUGUUGCAUUGUUAUUGUAGGGACAGCAGCCGGAGCAAGUUGAAAGACUGUGAAAGUAUGUAAUAGCUGUAACAAGCUAACAUUUCAUAUUUCUUAUCUGCCAAGAACACCGUGUUAACAAUUUGUGCCUAUGAUAGUGUUAUUGGCUUGCCAUACCUGUGCUAAAGUAUGCUUACAAAAUUAAGAUUUGUGCAUUUAUGCAUCUCUAUAUACAGGCAAGUACUGCUAUGUGUAAAGCCUCCCCUGUGCAUAGAUCCACUACUAAAAACCUGCCUGCACAUGCACCAACACAGUAACAUGCAUGUGCGUGCGCACACACACACACACACACACACACACACACACACACACACACACACACACACACCCACUCGUCACAUCAUAAAUAUUUGCCUUAACUGACUGAUUUAAUUUUGCCUUCCUGACAUAGCCAUUAAAAUUAUGAGCUUAAUACUGUCUAAGAAAAACGUUUGCAUGGGUGAACACUCUCUGAGGCCAUUCAACUGUAAUUUGCAUGUUUCUGCUAAUGCUCAUAAAACUGACCACAACUUGAAACCAAAAAUGUUAACUGUGGCUAUUGGACAGAGUUCCACGGUCUGGUAUGAUAGACCGACAAAUACUGCACAGAAAUAGAUGGGAGUAUCAUCCCCCAGAAAACCUGAGACAAAUACAGCGGGACAUAAGUGUUUGUAAUUAGGCACACAUAUGGAUUCCUAGUUACUUUGCCCCCAUGCCUUUUUUAGAAUAACCAAAUUGUAGGACAUUAUUUAGGCAGAAUCUGUUUCAUAAUCAAUUAUUUAGUCCCAUUAGCUUGUAGUGUAAACUUGCCCUCGGUCCAUUGACAGUGUAAGCUUAUUAUAAUGGCAAAAGAGACCUUUUGUAAAGGUUUUGGGUUCCUCAAAUGUUUUCACCAUAUGAAUUCUAUCAUUAAGACUUGGACAAUAUGCCUGUGACAAACAGAAGCAUAGCAUAUAGUAUACAAUAAGCUAUCUAAGCUUAGGAUAACAAAGCUUGUGCGAUAUGCGUGGUUUUGUGGUACAACACAAUGAAUUUUCAUUUCAACAAGUCUACGAAUGAGUCAGAGAUGAGCGCAUCUCAUCCUAAACAAAACACACAGCAGUGCAAAGGAAACACACUCUGCCUUUGAGUUAUGUUGUUUUGGACUCAUCCUUGAGAUAAGCAAGCUAGUGACUCAGAGAGAAUAGGUCUUUUGUAUGAGACAAUCCCAUAACAAAGAGAGACAAAGCAAGAGCCAUAAAAUGACAUUUUUAAAAAAAAAAUGUGAAUGUGAUAAAUAUGUGCCAUUUCUCUCUCUCUCUCUCUCUCUCUCUUUUUAUGAAAACAGCUCAGUGUUCUGUUGUUACUGCCUAGUGCUGAUGAUACCAGCGAGUCAAUGCUGCAGAAAUGUCUUAAUAUAUUUGCUAGUGCUGUAAAAUUACAAGUAUAUAUUUUUCAUGUUGUUAAUGAUACUAAUCGCAACAUAUUGCUGCUCGGUACAUUUAUUUUUUCCUGCAUUUAGCCUUACUGUGGUGGGAAGGGGUCACUUAAGAGAUCAUUUUAUUGUGUACAGGUGUAAAUGUUGAGGUGAUAAAACCUUCCAAUCGGAUUAUACGGAUUUCCGAAAAUGGUCUGUGGCCUGGGAGAGACGGGAAUGUAUGAUUUGGUUCAGUUAUCUGGUCAGUUAUCGGCAGAAACAAUAGGACAGUUUUGCCGUUUUGCCCUGGAAUCAAGAUACUAUACAGUCACUUAAUGAUGCCCAUCCAACUUUCAGAGUGUUCACAACCAUCCAAAGAUCCCCAGAAGGCUCUCUGUGUAUAUGAAGGAAGAUCAGAUAAUGAAAAAAGCACUGUUAAGGUUUUGUUUUUGUUUUUUUCAGAUGUACCAUGGUGAUUGUGAAUGUUUGCAAACUGGAACAUGUGAUGCAAUUAUGAUAUUGAGGAAAAGUUGAGUUUAAAAAAAAAAAAAAAAAAAAAAAGAGGUAAUCUCUGAAAGUGUUUAAAGUGUUUUUUAAAGGUUAACACGAGGAAAAGGGAGACAAAUUGGGAGGUGCUUUUUCUUGUACAUGUGUUUACUACGUUGUGUCUGCAAUUUGUUUUUGCCAGUUCACAAUGAGCUCAUUCUUAAUGUAGUGUAAAAGUUUGCAAUUGUUAUUUCAAGCUUAUAAAUGUUACAGACACUUUAGAGCAAGCACUUUGUACACAUGUAUAUCUGAUGUUUAAAAUAGUAUUCAGAUUUUGUAUCUUGGACUAAAUCAAGUCUAUGAAUUACCUGUUAUUAUAAAACAGCAUUUUUUUUUUUUUUUUUAUUCAGCACAAUAAUCAGUCAAUGAGGAACCUUUGAUAUCAAUAAGCUUCAGUGUUGUUCUACAAAGUUUAUGUUUAUAGCACAUAUUUUACACUACCAGAUUGAUAGGAUUAUGUACUGUAAUGAAGUAUUUAAUAUUUGCUAUAAGAUUUAUGGAUAGAUAGAGCAGAUAGAUAUAGUCUUUUAUGAAGUCAUAUCAAAAUAUAUGCAGAGUGAAAUAGUUCUACUGUAACUCUACACUCUUACCUGUCUCCUGCUAUGUGAUUUCAGCAUUUCAUUAUUAAGCUGCAUUUUGACGGGCCUGAAGUGUUUUAUAAAACUGCGUUUUGGCCUCCGGCUUCUUGAUUUUGUGGCAGGUCAAGGGUGGCCUUUGCUGCUCUGUCAGGCCUGGAAAUAAUCGUGAGUGCUGGAAUUUGUGCUGGUUGUGACUCUUUAUUAAACAAGGAAAAUUCUGCCAGAUAUUUUUCAGCUUGUUGGGGAAAUAGUUUAAUUCUUGACUUGAGUACUGCGGUAUAUAGCUUGUUCUUAUUAUUACUAAGUUCAGUGGCUCCAAGCUGUAUUUCGAUCCAUGUGUUAUUUAUUUGUUUGCUCAGAGCCCUCGCUACACCCCACUACCUAAUCUGACCACAGUGGAUGGGGCAGCAUGACUAAUGUGUGCACCAUAAAACUGGAAAUAUUCUACAUGUCAGAAUUGGAAAACAGCUGCAUUGCAGUCUCAAGUGCAUUGGCUUGAUUAAUUGAUGUGAUUUUUCUCUAUAUUUUCAUGCCUCAAUCAUAUUUCCAGAUGCCCCUGAACUUGGAGCCACUGUCCUUGUCUGUUGGCUGUUGUUUUACUCGGUGCCAAGAAACGUGUUGAUCUUUGAUGAUUUAAUAUUGUUCUCUUACCAGUUGAGCCUUUCUGGUGUUGUAUGUGUGAUCAAUAAGCUCUAAACAAGUUACACAAUAAAUGUAUAUACUGCAACUUAAUCAUUUUGGGCAUUAUUUUUGUCAUAAGUUGCCUUUGAAAAUAAAAUGUGGUUUUUAAAGCA